CAAACUCCAGGCUCGUCACUCCGCAGUGAAGCUUCAUCAGCCUCAACUCAAAGCCCUCCUCUCCUCGUCGUCGACAGCGAAAGUAGAAAACCCUUAAAGAAAAAUGGCCGCCGCUAUCCAAGCCCUGCUCGUCCUGGCCCUCCUUCACCUCGCCACUGCGACGCCUGUCAUUGGCAAGCAGACAGUGAGCACUUUGUCUACGGGAUAUCUGGGCCACCCUGUGGUGGGAGGCCUGGGCUAUGGAGGCCUUGGCUAUGGAGGCCUGGGCUAUGGAGGUCUGGGCGUUGCUGGUCUGGGCGUUGCUGGUCUAGGCUAUGGUGGUCUAGGCUAUCCCGGAGCGGCUCUUGGAGGAGUCUACACGCACCAUGCAGCUGGGCUCGUUCACCCUUACGGUGGACUCGGAUACCAUGCGGCCCCCUAUCACCAUGCCCUCGGCGGACUCGGCUACCCCCUGGGUAUUGGCGCCGGUGUCGUGGCUCCCCACGUGGUGAAGGGCAAAGUCGCUGCCCCGUUGGCGCCUGUUGUUGCUGCCAUCUAAAUCGUCACCGCCCUGCGUCCCCGUCUGCAGAUGACUCAAGACUCCGGUGAAGAAGUGACUUGACGAACGUUAUGGACAGCCGCCUCCAACCACCACCCGCAAAAAAAAGGGGGCAUAGGUUCACCACCUACUCCCCUUCCCAUACCUGCCCAUUCAUACCGACUGACCCCAACCCAUCCUACCCAAGCCCUUGACUCUUACACAAAUUCUCAUCAUCUGUGCAAUGUCCUUCUUGUGUUCCGGAUUCAAAUAAAACAAUUAACUGUA